AUUAGUAUAAAACAACACGUGAAUCCACAAACACAUAAACAAUACAUUAUACACUAUAAAAAAUUUGCAACAAAAACAAAGAUAGAUUUAGCUGGAAGCUCACACAAAAUGCCAGCACACGAAAAGAAACUGAGAAAGGCCCAAAACCGAUUGGCCCUUCUCGAGGAAAAAGAGAAACGAAACAACAACUCAAAUGUGGAUGAUUACACAUAUUCAACUGGACACCAAAAGAAACAUUCGCCAGCUCAGACCAAACGGGUGACAUUUAGCAAGCAAAGGUCCCAGGGAGAGUCACCACAGAUACCCAAAGAUGCCUGUCUGCAGGGGCUCACAUCUUGUUUGAUCACAAAGUCCACGUCGGAUCAUCGACUACAGGCCGGUGCCAAUACCCCUUCCGAGCGAUCGGUGGGAAGAUUGCCGCGUACAGACAGCGAAUGCCAGUUCAAGGCACCAGGAAUCGAUUUUCUAACAGAACGGGAUACGAAUAUCACAAGCCAUGAGGUCACUAUGCAUUCCUCGGUGACUUCAAUAAAGAAUUAUAACAACAAAUGCGAUUUCUUUCCAAAAUAUGUGGACAAGCGACCAUUCAAGGAGCAGGGUACCCAAACGCUCUAUAGGGAAUCCUCUGCACAAACGGUGGCCUAUUUGCCAGAGGUCAUGAGCAAAGAAAUGAAUGAGCAUCUAGAGCUUUUCACUCUACCAUCUUUGCUGCCUGGAGACAAGCCACCGGGACUCCAUGAGGUUGAGACCCUAGAGCGGGCCCGUAAACGUUGGGAAUUUAAUAAGGCAGUGAAAAUGAACUUAAUGAAACAAUUGCGAGCUGCACGGGAGUUGACAAUGCAAACCAAAUACAAAUCCAUACUGGAGGCAUUCGAGUGGGAAAGUUUCAUGGAACGGGAGGAAUACAUACAAGAAUGCCAGAUGAUGAGACUCGAGAUCGUCAUAAAGAUGUUUGACAAGCGCGAAAAGGAAAUGCAUACAGCAUCCAAGACACGCAUUGAAAUGGCUUGCGAAAGAAUUGAAAAACGGCGACAAGAGGGUCUACGCAAGAACGAGAUAGAGUAUCAGCGUGGAAAGCGCCGCAUUGAGAGCCAGCUUAACCCCACGGUCCGAAAGUGGAAGAAACAGAGUCCUAUGUAUGCGCUGGGAUCACCAUGCUCCGAGUUCUAUGGACCACUUAUGAGACACGGUGUGGAUCCGGCACGUAGAAACUUCCCAGGCACUAACCGCAAAGCCUUUGACAUCAGGAUGGAUGACCUGGAGAAGCGAGUGAGCAUACAGAAACUACAGUGUCCGUUCAGAAAGCUCAAGGAAUGGUCCAAGCCAAAGGAGAGUAUCAAGGAGCACGAGCAGAACUUCUGCUCUGAUAAAAACUUGCAAAAGCUCUACGACUCGCUGAAAGGCUUGAGAACGCUGGCGAAUAGGCACAAGGCACAACCGAAAUGUCUCAAGAAGCGGCCGAUACCAGCUUCUGAGACAGAAUCCAUUAUAGGACAAGAGUUUGAAUUUCAAGAUCCCAAUGCCGCAUACGGCGUAAUGCGAAUAGCCAAGGAAGAGACCGCAGAUAUCUCAACGACAUACAAAGCACCUACUUUCAAAGGUACCCCUCCACAAACAGAGGGCUCAGUGUUCAGCAAGCGAGUGCGAGAUGAGAGAAGCAGCCAGGAACUAGAGAAUCUACUGCACACGUACGAAGGCACCCACAUUGGUUGGGUCAUGCAAUUCCUAUCCGAAGAGGCGGGACGACUGAAGGAGCUCCGCAAGCUCCACGUGCUAUCCAUGUUAAUGCAGAAAGAGCGCUGGAGACGAGAGGCAGGCGAGGCAGGCUUACGACAGAAGGAGAACGAAAUGCGAAAGCUCUACGAAGAGUUGUUCCAGAAGUGCAAUGUGGCCAACAAUCAAGUCAGCGAUAAGUAUCUAAAUGCUAUUCUUACAACAGAUAUUAAACACAUAGCUAAACACGAUGCUGCAGAAACAGUGACCGAUCUUGCUAAAGUGAUUGAUGCCGAUAUCGAGCGUUGGCUGGAGAGCUUCAAGCUCAUCCAGACGCCACUCACCUAUGCUCCACUGCGACUGAUGCUUCGAGGCAUGGUCUCCCCAGACAUGAAUGCUGCACUCGAUCGUCAUGAGAAUUCGCUCAUCGUUAGUUAUAUUGUGGAGGAAGCGAUAUUUGGCAGAGUGUGGGAAGAGCUGGAACCAUUUGACAUAGCCGGCACUCUGACCAGCGACUUCAUUGAUCGCCUCAUCGACAACGAUCUCUAUUUGUUCUCCACUGACAGCGAGAGCGAAACACCGCAAAAAACUUCAUACCACGAGGCUGAGGCCAUAAUACGAAAACUCAUUCGUCAGGCAGUACCCGGACAACGCUGGAAAGAUGAAACCGAUCGCAUUGUGCACGAGAACCAAAACGAUCUGUUUGAUGAUAUGUUUGCUGAAAUCAUGAACAAGCUCGAGAAUCCACUACCCGUUUUACCCUCUCAAUUGAUCGAUUUACGUGGGACGAUAUCUAACCGUACAAUUCGCUUGACGGACGACAUACGUGGGUUGGAGAAAAUAGACUACAAGGCAAUCAGAGAGCAGUCGUCACAGCCAGACACAGAACUACUCCGCAUUCAGCUGCUGAACUUGUUCAAGAGAAUGACGGAGGACAAGAUCACCAGGGAGCUGGACACCCUUGACAUAUACCAAGGGGAUGACCACCUAACUGAAGAUCGGGAUGUACACAUCGAAACGCAGGUUUUCCAAAACGCUGUCAAUAUAUCAGGUGACGUUGAUUGGGAGCCUGAUGUCCAGAAAGGCGUCGAAGUUGAGGCAGAGGUUGAGUUUGAAGAAGAGGCUGAGAAUGAGGCUGAAGAAGAACAAGAAUCUGAAGGAGGCAUUGACAUGGAGUUUGAGGACAAACUUGGGGCCUAUUAUAUGUCUGAAGCUGAUGACGAGUUUGAAAAUGACAACGAAACGGAUAAUUCCUCGUAUCGAAUCUACUCGGAGGAAGGAGAAGAAGAAUUAUCAUUGCCCAAGGAAGAACUGACAGAACCUGAUGGCUUGACAAAACGAAAGAAGUCUCAGGUGAAGAUUAUUACCCAAGAAGUUGUUACCGAGAUGAUCGACCAAUCACCGAUACAACUUCUUGAUCCGGAAGAAAAUGAGGCGGACCUCAGGGCCGGUGGUUCUGUCUUCAAAACAAGUUUCAACUCGACGGCAAGCCAUGUGGCAAGAGAAUACAACCUGAUCGAACCCUUAGAACACCAAACUUCAGAUCAAAUACUGCAUGAAAAACCAACAACCUCAAAGGAAGUGGGAAAAGUCGUCUCUCAAACAGGAUCGCAACGAUCACAGCAAUCACAUCGUAAAUAAGGUGCGAAAGUUAACUGAUUCGCGUGUUGAAAAUAUUUAAAAUAAAUAUAAGAAUUACAUAAACAUAAA